GGGCCGGGGGCGUGCCCAGAGCCAGAGAGCCCUGUUAAAACUGGGGUGGCGGUGCACGAGGCCGAGACAGAAACCCCCCGGAAGAGAGCUGGCAGAACCGACGGACGGACUGAGUGCAGACGGUCACCAUGAGCCAGCCACCGGUGUUUGACAAGCCUAAAGUAGAACUUCAUGUCCACCUGGAUGGAGCCAUCAAGCCUGAGACCAUCUUGUACUAUGCAGAGAGGAGAGGAAUCCCACUUCCCGCCAAUACAGUAGAGGAGCUCCGGGACAUCAUUGGCAUGGACAAGCCCCUAAGCCUCCCUGAGUUCUUGGCUAAGUUUGACUACUACAUGCCAGCCAUUGCGGGUGACCGGGAGGCCGUUAAACGAGUGGCCUAUGAGUUCGUGGAGAUGAAAGCCAAGGAGGGCGUGGUGUAUGUGGAGGUGAGAUAUAGCCCCCACCUGCUGGCCAACUCCAAGGUGGAGCCCAUUCCCUGGAAUCAGGCUGAAGGAGACCUCACACCUGAUGAAGUCGUGUUUCUCGUUAGCCAGGGCCUGCAGGAGGGCGAGCGAGACUUUCAAGUCAAAGUCAGGUCUAUUCUAUGCUGCAUGCGCCACAUGCCAAACUGGUCCCCUGAAGUGGUGGAACUCUGUAAGAAGUAUCGCAACCAGACGGUGGUGGCCAUCGACUUGGCUGGAGAUGAGACCUUAGAGGGCAGUACCCUCUUUUCUGGGCAUGUAGAAGCCUAUGAGGAGGCUGUGAAAAGUGGAGUUCAUCGGACAGUUCAUGCUGGAGAAGUGGGGUCUGCUGAGGUUGUAGAGCAGGCAGUGAAUAUUCUCCAUACUGAGAGGAUAGGCCAUGGCUACCACACUUUGGAAGACGCCACCCUGUAUGAGAAGUUGCUGAAGGAGAACAUGCACUUUGAGGUAUGCCCCUGGUCGAGCUAUCUCACAGGAGCCUGGAAUCCGGACACCCCCCAUGCAGUCAUACGGUUUAAGGACGAUAAGGCCAACUAUUCCCUCAACACAGAUGACCCCCUCAUCUUCAAGUCUACCAUUGACACAGAUUACCAAAUGGUGAAAACGCAGAUGGGCUUCACUGAGGAUGAGUUUAUAAGACUGAAUAUCAAUGCAGCCAAAUCCAGCUUCCUUCCAGACAAUGAGAAAGAGGAGCUCCUUGACCAACUGUAUGAGGCCUAUCAGAUACCACAGCCAACCUCUCAGGUGUCAAAGUGAUGAUGCCUCCGACACGACAGAGCAAGAGAGAAAAACUACUGAUCCCAUGAUGCCUCAGUGUCCACCAUGCCAUGACUCAGGAAUCCAAGCUUCCUUCCCAGUAGGGUGGAGGUGCCAUAAUCUUGUCUAUUUUCUUUCAUGGGGCAAUACUGAUUAGCAAAUCAACUCUUUUCCCACUGUACAUAUAGCCAGCUGUGCAUUAAUAUACCUUGAUGCAGAAACAUUUGUCUUGUAUAGACUGUUCACCACCCACAAGAUUCAAGGCUUUCGUUUAUCCAUCAUUUAAAAUUAACUUUGCUGAGAUGACCAACUGCUGGGGGCCAAAUGUGAGGUGCCUCUGAAGAAGUGAUCCUGCGGGGUUGCUGAGGGGCGCAGCGGUGCUCAAUCAAUAAACUAACCAAUCCAGU